AUGGAAAAACUUAUUUCCUAUUGUCCUGAUUGUUGCGAAGUGGUAGACCAAAGACGUCGAAAUGCUCUUCAUUAUGCCUUGAAGAACGGUCAACCUCGAAUUUCAAAUUUUGUUCUAAAGGAUCCAUGGCUUAGCAACGUCCUCUUAAAUGCCAAGGAUGUUGACGGCAACACACCCCUCCAUCUACUUCAUGCUUCUCUCUACACCCAGAUUCCUUUAUUCAUUGGUGAUGAUAGGGUUGAUAAGAUGGCAUUCAAUGAGGAAAACAUGAACGCUCCCGACGUCAUUAAAUCUAAAUAUGAUUUAAUAUACAAGAUAUAUCUCGCGAAUGAGUUGAAAAGGAAUGGUGUAUCAUCAGGCCAUCGAAUUCUAAGCGAAAAUGAUAAUGAUGGCCAGAAAUUAAAGGAAAACAAAGGUGGCGAGGACACCGAAACGAAUAAAAGUAUAAGCGAAUCCCAUCUGAUAGUGGCUACACUCGUAGCAACUGUUACAUUCGCAGCAGGUGUCACCAUGCCUGGUGGUUAUUACCAAGCAUCAGAUCAGGUAAAUGGCACGAGUAACGUAUCACAGCAAAAUGUUAUGGCCCCGACCCGGAGUAAUGGACAAACUCCGGGUUAUGCAGUUCUAGCAAACAAUAUAGCUUUCCAAUUCUUUUUGGAAUUCAAUAUGUUGGCCUUGUGCUUGUCCACUUUAUCUGUGCUUACGCGCCUUUUCAUAUUGACACUCCCAGAGGCAGAAGUGAGUCGUAGGUGA